AUGAAGAUCAUUGAUAGCGUCAAGGAUGACUUGCGGACGGAUGUGACCUGGAAUAGGGUCGGCCGUCUCGCGGCUCAGGGCGCUCGAUCCUUCCCUACUGCCUCCACGCAAUACCUUCUGGAUAAGGUGCCCAUUGUACAAUGGCUUCCUCGCUACAACCCGCGAUGGAUCGUCAACGACAUCAUCGCGGGUCUGACCGUGGGCUUGAUGCUUAUCCCGCAAGCCCUAUCAUAUGCGACUUUAGCGACGAUUCCUGUGCAGUAUGGCCUCAUGUCCAGCUGGUUUCCAGGUGCCCUAUACACGUUUAUGGGAACCACGAAAGAUCUGUCCACCGGUCCAACAUCCCUCAUCGGCCUCCUCACCGCAAAGGUUAUCCUGUCUCUCGGCACAGAUACAAUUUAUACUCCUCAGCAGAUCGCAUCAGCUGUGGCCCUCAUGAUGGGCGUAUAUGGGAUGUUCAUAGGGUUUUUGAAGCUCGGAUUCCUCUUGGAAUUUGUCUCUAUCCCAAUCACCACCGGCUUCAUCUCUGCUGUGGCCAUCACCAUCAUCCUGAACCAGAUGGGCUCCUUCUUUGGCACAGAUGUCUCGUCAUCUGCAAAAGCCUAUACGCAGAUUCGUGAGACGUUCCAAUUCCUACCGCAGGCAAGUGGCCUCACAUGCGCCAUCGGAUUCUCUGGCAUAGUGUUCCUCAAGUUGCUCGAAGAAGGCGGCAAGAGAUGGGGCGACAAGUACAAAGUCUUAUGGAUACUUUCCAUCACGAGAGCCUUCCUGGCCCUGGUGCUCUUCACAGGGAUCAGCUACGCGGUGAACCACAACCUGAACUCGGCCGACUACCUUUGGGAGGUGGUCAAGCUUUCCUCGGACGGCCAACAAGCACCUGCUAUACCCUCAGGUGAUCUUCUGCGCCAGGUAGCCUCAGGCUCCAUCACAGUCUUCAUCGGUGCCACCAUCGAGCACACCGCCAUUGCCCGUGCCUUUGGCAUACGGAACAACUACAGCCCCGACCAGAGCCAGGAGCUCAGCUACUUUGGCGUGGUCAACUUCUUCAACAGCUUCUUCCACGCGAUGGGCGUGGGUGGUGCCAUGUCUCGGACGUCAGUCAACUCGUCAUGCAAGGUCAAAUCGCCGCUGUCGGGCAUGUUCACGACAGGCGUGAUCCUCGUGUGCAUCUACGAGCUGUCAGGCGCGCUGUACUGGAUCCCCAAGACCACGCUGGCGGCCAUCAUCAUCUGCGCCGUGUGGCCGCUCAUCUACCCGCCGUCUGCCUUCUACCGCUUCUGGAAGACCUCGCUGGCUGAUUUCAUCACGUCCAUGCUGGCCUUUUGGCUGAGCCUGUUCUACUCCACCGAGUUUGGCAUCUUCAUUCCCAUUGCCUUCAACAUCGUCUACAACAUCCUUCGCCAGACGUUUGCCUCGUUGACCGCCUCGCCUGUGCCGGCACGGUCUGAGCUCGCCUCGUCGCUUGACGCCGCACGGGGCUUACCGCCGAGCAACGUCGCCGAUGGCAUGCUGCAGGACGUCCAUGUCUUCCGCUUCAACGAGUCCCUCUUCUUUCUCAACUCGUACCGCCUCACGCAGCGCAUCCUGGACUCGGUGCAGACCCACCACAAGCCCGCGUACGACGAUUCUCGUGGCGCCGAGAGGGAGCGCAACUGGUCCGUCAGCGCUGAGAAGCGCAUAGCGCGCCUGAGGAAGGCUGCUGGUGUCUCGAACCCAGAUAUCCUACCACCUCUGGGCCUCGUGGUGCUUGAUUUCGGAAGGGUGAAUCAUGUGGACACCACCGCCGUCUCGCACCUGCGGACUCUUGUGCAGGAGGUGCAGCGGUAUGGUGGCAAGGACGUCGAGUUUCGCUUUGUGGAUAUGUCGCCGAAUGUGAGAUUGAGGUUUGCUCGGGCUGGCUGGCCAGUUUUGGAUGCCCGUGACGUCUACGAGUGGACGGAGAGCGAGGCUACAAUUCUUUAUCCUUCGGUUGCUGAGGCUGUCAUGACGCCUCGGAUGCAGAGAUUCUCAGAAUCUCUGGGUUUCGAGAAGCUGGCGAAGAUGGACACUGCUGAUACGGACAUUGCCACUGCUUCAUAUCGAGAGAAUGUGUGA